AUGUCCUCCGCUCCGGUCCACCCCUCUGAAUUCGGUGAGGAGUCAUCUUCUCCAGCCGUCUUAGUCCCCAAACCAGCUCUCUUCCCUGGGAAAUUGGCCCGCUUACUUCCACAGCAGCCUCCACCCAAGCCGGGCCUCGUGAGAAUAGGAUGGCUGCAGAAAUACUCAAAACGAGGCUACCAGCCCAGACUGGCUCUUCUGCUGGCAGACCGAUUUGUCUACGCCAGCCGAGUGGCCAGCUCGCCGACUCUUUUUCUUAAGGUUGAAACUGUAGAAAUUUAUCCUAAGUUGCCCUAA